CUGCUUUCCUGCCCCUGCGAGCACGGCUUGUUGGAGGCGACCAUACUAUGGUGUAAGGAAGCGAGGGGGCCCGUGCAAUUCAUUAUUAGUUUGAAUCAGACAAUAUAAAACUCCGACCUUUUGUUUGUUUUAUUGGAAAUGGUUAUAAUGUAACGGCAUGUUAAUACACGGGCGCUCUUUUAAAUGAGGCACGCUUAAAGUGGAGACUUAAACGCUGUUGAUUUGAUGUUCUGGUCUCAUCAUUAUCAUCACCAGCAGUAUCAUUAGUAGCUAACUGGCAUUUUGUUUUCGGGGGCUUCGGCGAGAAGUGACAAGAAUCUAAGACCCCUCCUCUACAGGGCGGAGCGUGCAUUUUGAUGUCGAUUUUGUAUCUUUUUUUCUUCUCUGACACGUCCGCACUGAGUGAAUGGCAUUGGCACAUUGUCAAUCGCUCACUACCGCUGCCAUCAAACAACAUAAAGCACACACAGCCCGCGCGCUCGACUCAUAAAUUUCCGCCAGCAGAUAUUUUUGCGCAUCGCUUUAUGGCGCGUGAUUAAUUUUUUCGCCAGUUUUUCUAUUUUCCCUACUGAAAGUGAGCAAACUUUUUUAUACGUUUUUCUAUACAUUUUUUCCCUUACAAUCUUUAUAGCUCUGGUCGCCGGUGCUGAUGGUUUAAUUUAUUUCACUCGGCUUAUUUUAUUUUCUUAGAUUUAUUUUUAUUUUUUUUUGGAAAAUCGUUUUAAAGGCAAUAUUUUUGCCUGUUGUUCACACUCAGUGUGCGUAUUUUUAAUUACAUAAUCAUUAAUUUAAUUAAUCGUUACUUUCCAUCAAAGGCAUGGGAUGUUUUGCUUGCAACUCUUUGUAAUACUACGGAUUUGUCCAAGUUUUCCAGAAGUGCACAAGGCGAAAUUAUCCUAAGAAGACCGAAAAUACGAAUUCCAGACAUCUUCAAAGGACCCAGCUCUUCUAAGAAAAAGACAAAUUGGCAUGAAGAUUCGGACAGGAUUGAACGGGCAAGCCACUGUCACCUGAACGCUGAAGUUUACUGAAAUAAUAGGCACGAAAUAGCAUCGCUCAUUUUUCUCCGAUGGACAUUCGUACAGGAGGAUCAAAGACGAUUUAAAUCUUUUCCAUAAAGUGAUUCCUGGGACAUCAAUUCUACUAUAUUUCAUCCAGCGAUUUAUCGUAUCUGCUGCGUUGCUUCACGGUCAAUAUUUUGUGCACGUUAGCGACCCGUUAACCACCGCACAUGAAAUAAUCAAGUUGUUUUUGCAUGUGCAUUAUCCGACUUUAAUUUCACCCAUCUCAGUGACUGAGCACGAGCGCAUUGAUUGUGUUGCGGCGGACUAUGGACGAGCAAGCCCGGAUCAUGCAGGCUCUCGGCGGUGUCAGCCUGGCCGGUCACUCGGUACAGGGAGGCAUGGCUCUGCCGCCUCCACAUGGACACGACGGAACCGAUGGGGAUGGAAGAAAACAAGACAUCGGUGACAUUCUGCAUCAGAUCAUGACCAUCACCGACCAAAGCCUGGACGAGGCGCAAGCAAAGCACAGGAAACAUGGGCUCAACUGUCACAGAAUGAAGCCAGCUCUCUUCAGUGUCCUCUGCGAGAUCAAAGAGAAAACAGGUCUAAGUAUCCGCGGGGCUCAGGAGGAGGACCCGCCGGAUCCACAGCUGAUGCGUCUUGACAACAUGCUUCUGGCAGAGGGCGUGUCUGGACCGGAGAAGGGCGGAGGAUCGGCGGCGGCAGCGGCGGCGGCAGCAGCAGCCGGCAGUCCCACUGACAACUCCAUCGAGCACUCUGACUACAGGGCCAAGCUCUCCCAGAUCAGACAGAUCUACCAUACUGAGCUGGAGAAAUAUGAGCAGGCAUGUAACGAGUUCACUACCCACGUCAUGAAUCUGUUGAGGGAGCAGUCUCGCACACGGCCCAUCUCGCCCAAAGAGAUCGAGCGCAUGGUCAGCAUCAUCCAUCGCAAAUUCAGCUCCAUCCAAAUGCAGCUUAAACAGAGCACCUGUGAGGCCGUCAUGAUCUUGAGGUCCCGCUUCCUUGAUGCCAGACGGAAACGGCGGAACUUCAGCAAGCAGGCAACCGAGAUCCUGAAUGAGUAUUUUUACUCACAUCUUAGUAACCCUUAUCCCAGUGAAGAGGCCAAAGAGGAGCUGGCUAAGAAGUGCAGCAUAACAGUAUCCCAGGGGGUGGGAACCACCAUCACAGUGUCACAGGUAUCCAACUGGUUCGGCAACAAGAGGAUCCGCUACAAAAAAAACAUCGGCAAGUUCCAAGAGGAGGCCAACCUGUAUGCCGCUAAGACAGCCGUGACUGCAGCGCACGCAGCAGCUGCCGCCGUCCAGAAUAGUCAGACCAACUCACCCACCACACCCAACUCCGGAUUCCAGAUGAAAGAUGAAGAAUUUCAGCUGGACUCUGCAGAGAACAAAAACACUCUAUUAACCAACAUGUUCACUGGUUCGUCAGGUUCUUUUAACCUCCCAAACUCGGGGGACAUGUUCAUGAGCAUGCAGAAUCUGAAUGGGGAUUCUUACCAAGGGGCACAAGUCGGAGCCAAUGUGCAGUCACAGGUGGAUACCCUGCGCCAUGUUAUCAGUCAGACGGCAGGAUACAAUGAUGCGCUGGGGGUGAAUCCCAUGUAUAGUCCACAUGGCUUGAAUGGUAACGGGGGAUGGCAUGAUGCUACGACGCCAUCCUCUGUGAUCUCCCCUACAGAAGGCCCUGGUAGUGUGCACUCUGAUACCUCGAACUGAUCUCCUCAUUGACAUGGCCCCUUCCCAAGCUGUGGACAACAAUCCCAGAAUUACACAACCACAGACUGACCAAUCAGAGACACAGAAUAGACUCUCACUGAUAAUCCAGAAACAUCCUCACGGAUUCAUCCGCGGUACUUUUCCACAGUGUUUUGGAAGCUGGACAUUUCUUAGCCGUGACAUCAGUCCACUGCAGUUUUUACUAACAAGCUCUCCUCCAAUUAUAUUAAACCAGUAUGUUUGGUUUCUUUUAUCAUUUGAAGUGUACAAGCUCAAAAUGUAUGUGAGUUAUUAGGGUUUUUCCUCUUUUUUUUUUGAGUUUAUUACCAGUCAUAACCCCUUUCCAUUGUUCUAACCAACUGUUGGCAAAGCUUUAGGGCAGGAAUGCAACUGAUACGAAAGUAUAUCGAUACGAUGCUUAGGGGACUCCAUUGCUGAUAUUUGUUGAGUUUUUAUUAAUAUCACACCUAACAAUGACUUAAACAAGACCACCUAUGGAAGGCAAUCCACUCCAUUUUGGGAGGUGAUUUUUUGAAAUACCUGGAAAUUAAUGUCUUUUUUUUAAAAACACAAAACUAAUCGAUAUUUAGUCCACUGCGAUUAAGCAAAGAAAGUGUAGAAGAUGUGUAAAGGAAAUAUGGAUCAUCUUGUCGGCUCUUCUGGCAAUUUUCAAUUCAAAAACAUUCUUGUAUAUGACAUAGCUUGAGAGUAUUUAUACAUCUCACAAAUAAAUACUCAGCUUUAUUACCUCAUUGAAAUUCAUAGAAAACCAAUAGAUUUAAAACAUUUCUUUAGCUUAUAGUGCUCUCACUGACUACCUCUCAAAAUCACCACCACAACCAUUUUUAUCUUUUACUUUUUGUCAUUCUUUUUUUUUCAUCUCUUUUUAAUUUUUUUUUUUUUUUUUUUUUUUGAUUGACAUUUGUUGGAUUCGGUUCCAUCUUGUAGAAAUUAGCUCUCUAUGUCUCUCUCUCUCUCUUUCUCUCUCUCUUGCUCGCUCGCUCUUUAUGUAAUCUAGUGUAUAUUUUAACCUUCUAAGAAAAUAAAGUUGCUUUGUUGCAACUUAAAAAAAAAAAGAAAAAAAAAGAACCAUAAUAUUAAUAAUACGAAUAACACGGAGAGUAUGGCGAGUACAGUGGCUGGUGGAGGGGAAUUUUGUGUUGGAACAGGGAGGGGGAAAUAUGAUCAUGAAAUUAACACCAAACAGUAAAACUGUUGUAAAUACUGAAGAACAUUUUGAAUGUUGCUCAUCUUGUUACUAAUUCAUGCAAAAAAAGGAAUAAAAAAAAUAAUAAUAAACAAAAACCCAUGAUUAAAAAAAAAGAAAGAAAACCUGUAAUGCAUAGAGGUUUCAGUGAAUUGUACAUUUCAAAACCCUGUGUGACAGGGUUCCAACUUUCUUUCUCUUUUUUUGUAUCGUAUGUGAUUCUGAAACUGAUAAAAAACAAAACAAAAAAAAAAGACAAAAAAAGAAGUCAUACAAAAUUUAUUUGUGGCAGUGGUUCUAAUGUAUUAAAGAUGUUUCGUGUUUCUUUCUAACCAGACUACACCCUGGACUGAAAAGUCUUCCUUGUGGUAGUUAUGUGUAAUUUCAAACAUGAAUAAACUGUUUUCCUUUCAUGACAAA